AGGAAGAGUAGGCUGCUCACGGCCAGCUCCCACCUCCUCAUUCUUGUGUAACUUUCUUGAUUUCAGCUCUGACCCGCUCACUUCCAUCCAGCAUUGAGGAGAAAUUUAAACAUUUAAAUAAAGUUAAUAAAAGUUAAAGAAAACAAGAUUAUCUUGACAUCACUGGAGAUCCUAAUUAACACAAGUAACAGCAAUGAUUCAUUUCCCUACUAAAAACUCUGCAAAGCAGCUCAGAGCUGCCAUCUACUGGUCAUUAAGCGGUAUUGGGUAGUGUCAACUCUCGCGAGAUUUGGAGUUUUCACCGGACCAAAACAGGAACUGUGACAUGGCAUCGGUGUUCGGCGGAGUUGAGGGGGGAGGAACCCACUCCAAAGCUGUGCUGCUGACAGCAGAUGGGAGGGUUCUGGGUGAGGCGGUGGGACCGUGCACCAACCACUGGCUGGUCGGGAAGGACAAAUGUAUUGAAACGAUCAACGAAAUGGUUCAGAAAGCCAAAACGAGUGCGGGACUGGACCCGAACGCACCGCUGCGGUGUCUGGGAAUGUCUUUGAGUGGCGGUGAGCAGAAAGACGCCAUAGAAAAACUGAUCGCCGACAUGAAGGAGCGCUUCCCCAACCUCAGUGAGCAUUACUUCAUCACCACAGAUGCUGUCGGCGCCAUGGCGACAGCCAGCGAUCACGGAGGCAUUGUGCUGAUAUCUGGAACCGGCUCCAACUGCAAGCUGGUCAACCCCGAUGGUUCGCAGAAAGGCUGCGGAGGCUGGGGUCACAUGAUGGGCGACGAAGGUUCAGCUUUCUGGAUCGCUCAUUUGGCUGUUAAGACGGUGUUUGACGCCAGAGACAAGCUGGCCCCGCCUCCCCAUGACAUCACACACGUCCAAAAAGCCAUGGAGGAGUACUUUCAGGUGUCGGAUCUGAUGGGGAUGCUGCCUCACCUCUACAGAGACUUCAAGAAGUCCCACUUUGCAGGUUUCUGCAAAAAGUUGUCAGAAGGUGCGGAGGCUGGGGAUGCUCUGUGCCGCCACGUGUUCGUCCAGGCCGGGAGAGUGCUUGCUCGGCAUGUGGAAGCGGUUCUCCCUGCAGCGCAGGAGAAAUUAUUAAGCAGCGACCUCGGCGUGCCGAUCCUGUGCGUGGGCUCCGUGUGGAAGAGUUGGUCUCUCCUGCAGCCGGGGUUCACAGAUGUGCUGGAUCAGGCUGCCUCCUCUGGACAGCUGAAGGCCCGUUGCCAUGGAUACAGCCUCCUGAGUCUGCAGCACUCCUCUGCCCUCGGAGGGGCCUGUCUCGGUGCCCAGAGUUUGGGUGCCAGGAUCGAUUUGGAUUACGCAGAAAAUGCAAAAGUCUUCUACCAGCACACCUUCAGCAGCGGCCAGAAGCAAUAGAGGCUGUUCCAAACGUUCAGCUUCCCGACUAAUGAAGUUCUUUUACACUAGAUUCAUCCUAAAUGCGCCACGUUUCAAUGAUUUUUUUAUCAUGUAUGACAUCUCUGAUGUUUUUGUACUGCCAACCGAAUUCUGCAAUUUCCAACAUUCCUGAUUUAUAAUAAAAACAUGAAGUUUUUUCAUUA